AUGUCACUUUUCGACCAAGCUUGGAUGAAAGAUGUACUUGGAGGACCUGCAUGUUAUGCUGCAGUCGGAGGUCACAUGGCAUAUGCUCAGCAAGCUCAGGAGUUGGUUAUCAAUGAGAGCAUCAUACUGCAAACUCUUGGUUUUGAAGUGGGUGUUGUACAUCCACAUACACAUGUUGUCAAAUGCACUCAGAUGAUAAGAGCCAGCAAGGACCUGUCCCAGAGCUCCUAUUUCUUAGCGACCAACAGCCUUCACCUGACCACAUUCUGCCUGAAGUACAAGCCAACUGUUGUAGCCUGUGUUUGCAUUCACCUAGCCUGUAAAUGGACUCAGUGGACGAUUCCCAAGUCCAAUGAUGGGAAAGGCUGGUGGGAGUAUGUUGACCCAUCUGUUACAGAGGCCCACCUUGAUGACUUGACAAGAGAGUUUCUGAACAUCAUUGACCGCUGUCCUGCUCGCCUAAAGAAGAGAAUAAUGGGAUACAACAAGAGCGCCAACUCUGCUAAAGAUGUUAAACGACCAAGAUCUGAAGGCCAAUCUAGUAGUGAGAAUUCACAGCAAGCUGGGAGUUCCACCCAAGUUGACAGCAAGGCAUCCACCAGCUCAUCAGUUUAUGAUUUCUCAUUUGAUUCAAAGCCAGCUAGCGGAUUUGACCAGUAUUCAGACAGUGAAGAUUCAAAAUGUGAAGAACCUUCCUCUCAAAAGACUGAACCCACUGUUCAAAAGAGUGAAAAGAAAGUAAAAGUAUCCAUUGAAGAGUACAAGAAGAGCAAAGAUAGAGAACGUAAAGAAAAAGAUAUACUUGCAAAGCAGCAACAACGUUCUAGUGCAGGGGAUAAGCCUGAUACAGGUGGAGUGGGAAGUAGUAGGGCAUUACCUAAAGAUUUCAUCAAACAGGGGCCAAAGCUUUUGCCUAGUAACAUCGAAAACAUAAUCAGUUCAAAAGAAAGAAUACCUUAUGGGCUAGAAAAGUUAUCCUCAGGAAAAGAGUCUGUUCACCUUCCACAUGAAAAAUCUCACACAGGUCAUGACAGAAUACCCUCUAAUCAUGAAAAACGUCCAUCCCAGGAUAAACAUCUAUCAGGGUCCAAGAGAACUUUACCGUCUCAUGAUAAAAUGCAUUCAGGGCAUACAAAGGGACCAUCUGGGCCUGACAGGUUAUCUACAGAAAGAAAUUCUGGAAUUGAAAAGCCUUUUUCAAGUCAUGGGAGAGAUCCUGUUCGACCACUUGUUCAUGACCAGACUUCUUCAAGCCUUGGGAUAAGACCACAGGAUAAAGUUGCUGCCUCAUCUCUUGGUUCAGCGAAGCAUUCCGGAAGUGCAAAGCAGAAGGAUCAUAGGAGAUCAGAGCUUCACAUACCUGCAUCUGCAGGAAGUAGUAAAGAAGCACCGAGUUUACCAACUGAAAGGACGUUAUCAGUCAAGGUAAAAGAUGUCUUAGGAAAAGAGCACGGGCAAAGAAGCUAUGCUCAGGCUGUCAAAUCGGCAAAGCAUCAAAAGGAGCACACGAGUAGACCUGAACAUCCCACUUUGCAUCCAGAAAAAGCUGUCAAAGAAAGAAAACCAGAAGCUCCAAAAGAAUCUCUGCAUAUUAUGAGAGAAGAACCAGAACAAGAGCAUGCCACUCAGGGAACUCUUGAUCUUCUUAAUCAGAUAAGUGCAGAAAUCAUGAAAGACAUUGAAAAAGAAACCACAAAUCCUACAGAUCCUGUUGUUUCUCAUCCUGUGCCUAUUCUCCAAAGUGUAAAGAAGGAAUCAAGGAUUCCAGAAGAUUUGAAAGAUAGAUUACAGGUACCACCUGUACCAACUUCUGUCAAACCUGUUGAAAAGUCACAUGGGGAAUCUGAGAGUGAUGAUAUCAUUGCUGAUGUGGUUUCUCCUUUAGGCGCCAUUCUUGAAGAAAGAAAUGAUCGGCAUGAAAGCAAAGAGGAAAGAAGAGAAGAAAGGGAAAGAAAAAGAGAAGAUAGGGAAAGACGAAGAGAAGGACAUCGGUCAAAGAAAGAUGAAAAAAGGCAUAAAUCCCACAAGCACCGUCAUCGUUCUCCAGGUUCUUCUCAUAAACAUAGUUUGGAAAAUGAUAACGGUGAAGGCAGUGGGGACAUGGCCCCUUCCAAAAAGCAAAGGCUUGAUCAAGCCGGUUCUACACACACCGUCCUGACUACAUCAAAGGGAAUUAAAUUAAAGAUUAAAGGUUUAGGCAACUCUUUUAACAAUGGUAGUGAACAUGGAAAAGAUACUGAGAAAGCAAAUGAAAACUGUGAUUCUCCAGGCAGUGUUUCACUGAAAUUGAACUUGAGCAAAUUGACUUCUUCUCCUCGAGAAACGGGUAAGGAGAGGGAUAGCAAUCAUCACCAUCAUCACCACCACAGAUCUCACCAUAAACACAAAUCCAGGCAUUCCCGAAGCAAAGAUGGACACCGUAAGCACUCUGUUAGCCCUGGACCAUCUAGUGCUUCAGAUGCUUCACCUGCCAUCUCCCCAUCCAAGAAGAAAACUGUGGAGAUGUAUGAGACAGCAACAAACCUACAAAAUCAAUCUUUACUUGACCUACCUAUGCCACCAAGUAUCUCAAAAACUUCAUCUCGUCAUGCCUCGCCAGUCACCAAGCAUGGCAAACGGAAAAGAGAAUCCAAUCCUCCCCUACCUAAUGAAGAUGUCCCUCCUCCGCCACCACCACCACCCCAAUCCAAAUACAGGUUACCUGCCAGUUCUAGUUUGCAAUCUAUGCAGUUUUCCACCAUUGAUGCUUCUGCUUUGUAUGAUAUUCAACCUCCUUUACCAAGUGGAAGACCCAGAGAGCAAAGACCCCCACCACCUCCUCCAGUUACUACUUCCCAAAGAAGACCCCAUCUUCCACAUUAAAAUUCAAUCUGGUGGAUCUGGCCAUAUUAAUUUCUCUCCCAACUUUGCUUGGACAUUUAUUUUAUAUCUAUUUUUUACAGAUUGGUGAUAAAAAGAUUAUGACUGAAAGGUGCUGUAAUAUCAAACCAGGUCUUCUCUUUUACAAGAAUCCCCCAUACUGCAUUCACCCGUAUAUGCAUAGGUUACACUGCUAAUCAAGCGAAUGCAUCUAAAUACACACACACACACAUAUAAUAUGUGAUGAAAAGCUGAAGACAAAUUUCACAAUGGGUAAUUAAUGAAUGCAGAAUGUGAUGUUCAAAUAUUUUGUUGUUGAAUCUUCUUCAUUUUGAAUUUUGUGCUGCUUAAUGCAAUUGGACAGUUUGUUUUUUUGUUUCAAUCCCCCUCCUGUGAAGAGUUUUUUAAAAGUGGAUUUGGCAAAAAGUCUUGUGAUGUUUUGGUAUACAGUACUCGUGAAAAAAAAUGAUCAUAAGUGAUUUAUAUCAUUUCUGGUGGAUUAUCUUAUUUCUAAUUCAUGAAUUACUUGUGAAAGAGAAGGGGGAAAAAAGAAACAUGUUCGAAGAGAACAAAAAAUGAAGAAAAAAAAUCAUAUAAAGCAUGUACAUACCUUAUAUUGUGUACAUUGUAAGAGGUGAAUUAGUUCAUGUGUAACAUGUAUGAACAAUCUUUAUCAUAUCAUUUCUUUGUAUAAACCUAUCAAAAGAUAUAUGAAAUAUUAGGUAUCUAAAGAAGAAAUAAGGAAUACUGAUAUUUUGUAUUAACAUAUGAGCUGGUUCUGAGGCUAUGUUUUUGUAUGAUAUGUAAAGUUGCACUUAAAAAAGAAUAACAUUAAAUUAUUCUCAGGAAAUGUUAGUCUUAUUCAACAUGUACAGAUUACUGAAGAAAUAACUUUCAAAGAGCAUGAAAAUCAAGAAGUGUGAAUCUCAUUGGUGGAUAAUUUUAAGGUUUUUAUUAAGGGGGAGGGGUCUUUUUUUUUAAAUAAGUAGCCCUUUUACUUCUUUGUCAGAGGUUUAAUACAAGGAAGUGAUAUUUUGCAAAGUAUGUUGUACUGUACUUCAGUUUAUACAGGAAAUCUUACCCCAAAUGAUAAACAUGUGUGAUGAAAAUUAGAUUUAAUAUGAGCUUUUAUGUAUAAUACCAUUAAGAUGUGUUGGUGAAAAAAAUUUAGCAAGGUAUUCUGUAUGCAUUUUUUCUCUAUGAUCACAACCCUUUGUAUGAUUGGGAGCUGGGGAGUGUAAAAGAUAUUGUGAAUGAAUACCAUAUCACCAGAAAUAGUUCCCCACACACCAAAGAACUAUAUCAACUUCCUUGCUUGAAAAAAAAAACACCACAUAGUGGCUAUGCCCAUGUUAU